CGAUGCUGUAAAAGAAAUCGUAUAAAAUGAAAAAAAAAACUCACAAUAACAAUUUUUGUUUGUUUUAUUUUACUCUCGACAAGGGUCUGUACCAUGAAGCUGGAUUAACCGGCUAGCCAGUUAAGUUCAGCACCAGUCUUGGGCUUUAGGUAUCAUGAAGGCAGCUUGACUUUAAUCACUCUAUGUUGCCGAGCAGAUGACCUGAGCUUAGUUCAUGGCACCUUAAAACCAGAAUGGGCUAUAUACACAGCUAGUGUUUUCAGCCAAUUAUGCACUAUUGGUGAAAGCUUAAUGUGACUUUUAAGGUUCCUUUAACAGCAUUGAUGCUUUGAUGUAAUUCAAAUAUAAUCAGUUAAAUAGACUUAGGCAUUCAUUUGGUUGUUAAAGCGUAAAAAGAGACCUAAGAUAGUUUAAACUCCAUUGAAACUACCGGGGUAAAAUAAAUUUCCAUAUUUUGAAGACAUGGCGCGGUGAAACAUAAUUUAAUGCAGUGCUUCUUGUUUGGUCUAAAACCCACUUUAUAUCGUAUCUCAGCCAGGCAGUGAAAUAGGAUGUUUUUUUUUUUUUUUUUUUUUUUUUUUUAGAAAAUCAGAUCUUAAACGCAGCGAUUUUGUAUGGGAUGAAAAUGAACUAAAAGCCCUUGGGCUGGCUGAUUGAAAUUAAAAGUCCAAGUGCAUAUACCUCAUUGGUGGCUAGCUAACCUGACUUCAUAGUAAAGGCCCCAGGUUUUUGUCAUAAUUGCAACAUAAUAAAAUGACAAUUAUAAAAUAAGUAUAAUCCAACGGCUCUUAGGUCUUCUCUACUUAAGCCAUUUGACAUUUUAAAUUUCAAAACAGAGACAUGAUCAAAUGACAUAAUAUUGUGCUUUAUUUGUUUAUGCAAUAAUGAACAUUUUCUAUGACUGGAAAAAUGUUAAUAUAAGGUGAAACUAAAAGUACAAUAUGAUAAAAUUUGAAUUAAAUUACUUGAUUUUUCAAUGGUGCUUGAAGAUUCAAAAACUGAAUCCUUAUUGAGCUGUAGUUGAAGACAUUUUAGGCUAAUUCUGUAAUCGUUUAAAAUGGUUACAUUGUCUUAAACAAUCAUUUUACAAUGAUUUUUAUUAACAAAACAAAGUGAAAUUGAACUUGGUAAAUUGAUUUUAAAUCAUUAUGAUCCAGUAAUCUCAAAUGCCUCAUGACAAUGCUUUUCUAAUAGUCACUUCUCACUGUCUGAACAAUUACUUGUACUUGAAUAUUAAAAUUGAAAACAUGGGGAAACACAUAUAUUUGUAGCUGACUUUGUAAGAGAAGAAAAACAACAACAACGCUGUACACUUUAUAUCUCUGGAGAAGGGUGAAGCCAAAAUUUCCUGGGUUUUUGCGGACAUAUUGCGCGGAUGACGUCAUUUGGAGCCUGAGUUAGUGAUCAUGAGCUGGAGCAUGGCCAUCUAAAUUCGGCUGAAUCCUAUAUUAAUAUAGCCUAAUCAUGUAUAUAACUUAAAACAAAUAGAUACAGAUACUUGAACUUAAUGAUAACGAUAAUAAACAAACUACGAAACCAUCUUUAAGAUUGCUUGAAGUAGCAUUAUGCAGAGCGCUUUAUUUAACGACCUACAGCCACCAGGGGGCAAUCGAAAUAAUUAGUUUCAGAACACUUCUAGCUGCAUUUUAAUCAUUUGAGUUCGGGAUAAACUAUUAAUUCCAUUGUUAAUGAAAUAAUGUUAGCUUAGCAGUUAGCUUUCUUUAAUAUAACUUCUUGACCGUGACAGUUUUCAUGCGUUUCUGUAGAUUAUAAAAUAAACACUGUAAAAAUACCCCCUUUGUGCUUGUGAGAGCUGUGUUUCGGCCAGAGGCAUGAGUGUUGCUUUACGCAUGUGGAGGAAUGAGAAAGUCCUUUCAGAGAUGAUCAUGAGUGCAGGAGGCGUUGAUGAUCCGCUCCUCAUGACCAAAACCCCUCUCAGACCAUUGAGAAACAUGGAUGAUUUCAGGACGCGCUCCAGUGGGACACACAACACGCUGCUCGGAGAGACUUUCACACGGCAAACAAUUGCUAACCUGGCAAUUGGUGGACUCACAUCUUUGUUGGUCCUUAUAUUCUGGUAUCGUCAAGGUGACCUGGAUCCAAAGUUCCGUGGUCUGAUUUAUUAUUCCACAGGUCUCGUUGUCCUUCUCUGUUUAUGUGCCAAUCUGUACUUCCAUGAUGUCGGCAGAUAAAAUUAUUCCAGCAGACCACUUUAAAUAAGCAAAUCUCACAAGAAUAAAAUGAUUUUACAAAUGUUUUGUUUGUUCAAAUCUUUUAGUUUUUUUCAUUGAUAUUUAGACGAUGUACAUUUGUCAUUGUUGUAAUUUUCUAAAUAUCAAUGUUUAUGUGCUAAAUACUUUUUGUGCAUUAUUUUUUGACAUGCAAAUGUAGCCUAUUUCAAUGUUUGGUUGUAUUAAAUUAUAUUGUGAGUUUUGUUCUAUGAACAAUGCUGGUGCCAAAUAUCUAAAUCCUGUUAAUAAAUAAAAUCUAUGUGAAACUGAA